AUAUAUUCAUUUUCCCACGUCGCGGCGGCGCGAAUAAAGUUUACAUUGUUGGUUUUCUGACGGUGGUGGGUUAGUCUAGAAAUCUGAAUUUUUAAUUAAUAAUGGCGGAAGGAGACUUAGCUCAAGCGUUCGCAGGAUAUUUCUACAACCUUUUUCAGCAUGAUCGUCAACAACUGGCUAAUGUAUUUACUGAAACAUCAACUAUGACAUUCGAAGGUCAAAUAUUUAAAGGGAAGGAACAAAUUAUGACAAAAUUAUUGAGUUUACCAAAAAACCUAAUUCGUGUAGUGACUACAGCCGAUUGUCAAAGUUUAGAUGCAACGUUUUCUCUUGUGUUUCUUCUUGGACAACUUCAGAGUGAUAAUGACCCUCCACACAGUUUUGCAGAAACAUUUCUUUUAAAGAAUAUCAACGGACAAUUCUACGUCAUGAAUUCAUUUUUCCGACUGGUGCUACAUAAUGCAUAGGCAUCAUAUUUUUUGCACCUUUUUCUCUUAUGUCGAAGAGCUAACAGAAUGCAUAUGACUACAGCAAAGUAAAUACGUUUCCAAUAAUUGGUUAAUAAUUUUAAACAGUUAAUAACAGGUUAAUCAAGUUAGUGAUAAAUGGUUAUGAUAUUAAUAGGUUAAUACAGUUACUGAUUACUAGUUAAUAAGAUUAGUAAACUAGUUAAUAAACUUACUGAAACCAGUUAAUAGAUAAUUAAGUUUACUGAAAACCAGUUAAUAACACAGCUUAAUUAAGUUAAGAUAUCCAGUUAAUAACAGGUUUAUAGCACUAUAACAGGUCAAUAAAUCAAUAACUGGUUAUUAACAUUAGCAGGUUAAGAAACUUACUGAUAAAAUCAAAUCAUUCUUUAUGAUAACCAGUUAAUAACAUAAAUUGCCAGUUAAUUAUGGUUAAUUAUAAGUUAUAGCUGGUUGAUAACAGGUUAAGAGCAUUAAUAGGAUAAUGAAUUUACUGAUAAAUUAAAACCGUUACAGAUAACCAGGUAAUAACAAAAUAAUAAAGUUUAGGAUAACUGAUCAAUGACUGUCUAAUAAAUAAUAAAGUUAACGAUAAAUGAUCCGUAACAGCCUAAUAAAGUUACUGAUAACCAGGUAAUAACAAAAUAAUAAAGUUAACGAUAACAGGUCAGUAACAGGUAAUAGAGCUACUGAUAACCAGGUAAUAACAUUAGUCGGUUAAUAAUCUUAUUGAUUACUGGUUAAUAACAAUAACAGGUAAUAAAUGUUCCAAUAACUGGUUAAUAACAUGUUGAUAAAGUGACUGAUAACAAGUGAAGAAAUUAGUAAUACUGUAAUAACAUUUUAAUAUCAUUACUAAUAUUUUGUAAAUAUCAGUUUAAUAAAAUUACAGAUUAAACAAUAAUAAUAGGUUUAUAAUGCAACUGAUAACCAGUUCAUAACAGGUUAAAGUUAUUGACUAACUGUUAAUAAUAUUAAUAAGUUAAAAACUUCACAACAUAUUGAUAAAAUACAUGAAAAUCAAAUGUAAAGUUGAAUAAGAAACCAAUUAUUGUUGUUAUUACUGCUUCAUUUUGAUUAUACAGUAUAUAUACAAAAUAUUUCAACGUAAUAUUAUCAUUUUUUAUCUGUAUCCUAAAGCUAAGCACUCACUGCGGUCGUCGGCCGACGCGAUUCUAUGGAGAACACAACGCGCACAACGGAUCGGUUUUAAUGACGAUCAGCUCAGACUGUGACAAUCAACAGACGGCGUCGCGGCAUCUAGAGCUCACAUGGGGCACAGUUGGAUUCGCUGGUCGACACGCAGUGAGGGCCCAGCUUAAUAAGCAUCAAAUUGUUAUGUACAUUUUUUUUUUUUUUUGAAAUCAAGAUUCAAGUGUUCAAUUGCAUAAAGCCCAAUUCAGACUAUCAAAU